AUGACCAUGACCAUGAGGCGGUGCGUCGGCGGUUCUUCCAUCUCACCUCGCUCCUGCCGGAGAGUGGUGGUUCCGUCCGUGUUCCUGGUCUCUCUGUGCGUGUUGGGGUUCCUCCUGAACGUUUUCGGGCAGGAGAACCGCCACGAGCGGGCAUUUGGUGGAGGGUCGGGCACGACAUCACCUGCGACGGGCGUGCCUCGUUGUGGCCAAGAUCGGGGUCGCCCUACACAGGGUUGCGCGUGGAACGUAUCAACCGCAGAGCGUGCGGACCUGAUACAGGACAAGUUUACGAUGACCAUUUCAACCUUCCACCGGCCCAAGGAACUCGGGCGCGUCCUGGACACCGUCCUCUCCGACAAGCUCCCGUCCCUCUUCGAGGUCGUCGUCGUGUGGAACAACUUUGGCGAGACCCCACCUCCAGACUUCACCUCGGACCACGGCGUCCCCGUCAGGUACAGGACGCCCGCCCACGACAGCCUCAAUGAGAAGCUCCGCCCGGACCCGGGGUACCGCACCGCCGCCAUCCUCCUGUCGGACGACGACGUCUUCUACCGCCCGUCGGACCUCGAGUUUGUCUUCCAGAUCUGGCGUGAGUUUGGCCAGGACAGGCUUGUCGGCGCGCUGGCUCGGUGCAUCUCGUCCGGCCGGGCCGGAGACAGGCACGCGGACGCUAGGGGUAGCUGGGAGUACAACUUUUGCACCCCUUCCUCCUCCUGGGGUGGGGGCGACGGCGACGGCGAGACCUACUCAAUGGUGCUCACCAACCUGGCCUUCACGCACGUCUCGUUCCUGGACCACUACUUCUCUGACGCGGGCCCUGCCGUCAGGAUGCGUCAGGUGGUUGACGACGCCUUCAACUGCGAGGACAUAGCCUUCAACUACAUGGUCUCGUACCUCACGGGGCGUGGUCCGCUGCUGGUCCGCGGCAGGGACCAGUACGUCAACAUGGAUCCGCCCGCGGGGAUCAGCCGUAACAAGGGCCAUCUGGAGGCUCGGGGCCAGUGCCUGAACGAUUUCGCCCAGAUCUUGGGAUGCAUGCCCCUCGUCGACGUCAAGGGCCGCAUGGAGCGCGGAUUCAAACACAAUGUCUGGUACAAGAGUGUGUGGGACCUCAUGACACUCUGA